CGCCACGCUACAUGAUCCCUGACGCUCCUGAUCCCUUUCUGCCAGAGACGCUCUGAGGUGGAGAAACCAUGAGAACCACACUGCUGAGAAUGCUGACCGCCCUCACCUGUGUGCUGGCUGCAUGCGCAGACAUCAUGCCUCUACCCGACUUCAGCCUGGAGAAGAUUGCAGGAAAGUGGUACAUGGCUGGCUUUGCAACCAAUGCACAGUGGUUUGUGACUAACAAAGACACAAUGAAGAUGGGUACAGCCAUGUUGGCACCAACCGAUGGAGGAGACCUGGAUCUCUCAUAUGCCACUCUGAAUGCUGAUGGCACCUGCUGGAGAAUGACUCACCUGGCAAAGAAAACCGACACUCCUGGACGUUUCACCUUCCAUAGCCAGGUCUGGAACAACGACAAUGACAUGCGCUUUGUUGACGUUGUGUAUGAUGACUAUGCUGUGGCCCACACCAUCAAGACAAAGGAGGGCGUGUCAGAGGUCCUCAACAAGCUCUACAGCCGCAGUAAUGAGACCAGCACGGAUCUGCAGCAGAAAUUCUUGCAGUUCUCUCAGGAGACCGGCAUCCUCUCUGAAAACAUUGUUAUUCUGCCAAAGAAUGAUGAGUGUCCUGAGGCCUAAAGAGUCCUUUGCUGCCUUCAAAACAUCGAUCUUCAUCUCCUCAUCUCUGCAGUCUAGGGCUUUCAUCUAAAUGGCAUCUUCUCCCCCCUAACCACAUCGCCUGUAGUGUCACAAAGCUGCACCUCAGACUAUGAAUGUAGAGCUUUUAACUCUUUUCCAUGCUGCAAACCAAAGAGGGGCUGAUCCUAGCUCAGUUGUUUUGUUUUUGUAUUGUGUAUUAACAGUAACAUCAGAGUGGACCAAUAAAGUGUUGACAGUGGCUAAAAGGUGUCAGAAUCUAGCCCAAUGGAAGGAUUAAUUAAUUUUUUCUUUCAUUUUUUUUUAAAUGAGCUUAAAGCAAAUAAAAACAUUCAAACAAC